AUGACAAAUUCUUUAGAAAACAAACGUAAUAUCUUGUAUUAUUUCGAAGGAAGAGAAGACAGCACUUUCAAAUGCAAAUUGUGUCCCAAAGAUAAUAAACCUUUUAUCCUCAGAUCAAAAGAAUCUCUUAAAGGAGCAAAAACCCAUUUCUUAAAAAAACAUACAGAAAUCUGGAAUGCUAUCAAACAAAAACCAGAAGAAAAAAUCCUCAACAUACGCAAAGCCAGAAAAUUCAAAAAAGUAGAAAAAAAAACUAUAACUGAAAACAUCAAUCAAAAGUGGCACGCUCAAAAUUUCUCCAAAAUCGGUGCAAACGAAAAUAAUACUAAUGAGCUCGUAAGCAAUCAAGAAACUAUCAACAUCGAAUUUCUAUCCAAUGUAAACGAAAUUUCAAAUAAUAUCGAUGAAGUACCCGAAAGCGAUCAAGAAACUAGCACUGAAACUCUAUGCAACGAAAAUGAAAGUUCAAAUAACAACACUGAAGCACACGAAAGCGAUCAAGAAAUUUCAAAUAACAACAUUGAUGGAUUCUCAAUCAAUCAAAAUGAAAUUUCAAAUAACAAUAAAAAAACUGUUAUCGAUAAUAUUAAAGAUAUCGAAGCUACAGAGGAAAAUUUUGAUGUCAAUAUUACUAAUGAUAAAAUUAUCAUCAAAGGAAAGUGCAAAAUCUCUUUCAAGUAA